AUGUUCGUAGUCGUCUAUGGUCAUGGAGGUAAACUUUAUCAAGCAUUAUAUAAUAAUUAUUUGGCAGAUUCUAGAAUUAAAGAAAUAACAGUCGAAGAUCCAAAUGAAGCAUUUCAAGAAUUGCGAGAUCGUAAAGAUUUAGCAUUCAUUAUGGAAAAUAAAUUAUUUGAGGGAUUAAAAGCUCCUGUUGAUAAAAAAUUAAUUGAAUCGUUAAGAAAAAAAUAUAAAUUUGAAAAACGACAAUUUUCACGUUGUUUAGAAAUUCUUUUAUUAAGAAGUUUAGACAAGACAAACGUUGAAGAAUAUAAAGCGUAUAGAUUACAAGUAAAGGAACGGCUAUAUCAUUGGAAUGCGGAAUCAUUGAGACAGUUUACUGUAGAUGAAAGAAAACAACAUUUAGGAGAAACGUUUAAUUCGUUAAUAGAAGAAUAUCAUUCAAUUAUUUUGAAAUUAUGA